ACAUCCAUUCAUCCUUACUAUCAUGAUAGAUCUUUGACAAUCAUACGGCCCCAACUCACCCUGACCAUACAAGCGAGUCGUCCAACUCCAAGGAGAACCAAUCACCCUCAUCAUCAUUAUCUCGCAUCACACCACCCGGAGGGACACCUAGCUUUUCUCUUUCUUCUAUGCACAAUAUCCACAUCGAACGACGAACCACCAUGUCCGACAAAGAUGCCCUACUCUACUUACAACAAUGCAAAGUCCCAGCGCGCUGGACUCUGACGGGCGAAUUUCGAGCGAUGCCAGACAAUGCACAGAAUAUAAGAAACUCAGAUGGGGAUUGGACGCAAUUCAAGGAGAUGUCAAAAGUCGACGAGGUUAUUAUGAGCCUUCGACGCAAGAUGCCGGAAAUCAGACCCAUGGUUCCGAAGCUCGUCGAAGCUUAUUAUGUAUGUGUGAGGAACCAGCUUUUACGAUGGUGCUUAGUUUGAUUAGAAUAAGUCGCAUUUUAAAUGACCCGUUGAAAAUAAAUGGAAGUGUUGAACUAGCUUGGCUUUCACUUGUGUGCUUGAAGGUCGUUCUCAUCAAUGUCACAAUUGAGCUACCAGAGAAGUUUCUAGAAAAGGGUAUUGUUGGAGGAAAAGAGAUAAUAAGUUCUGUUGUUGUUCAUCAUAGAGUCCAAGCAGAUCUAGAAGGAGUAAAUCAUGAAGGGGUUUGGGUGGAAGUUGUUGAGGACGGAGGUGGUUUUGUAACAGGUAAGACGCUGACUGCUUGGAGAAUAGAUGACGUUGAGGUCAGAAUGAAUCGGGGUCUAAACGAUGGCCCGAAGACAGAAAAAAAGCGAGAUGGGCCUUGGUUUGGCCGGACAAUGUGUUGUGGUGGAUCAAUAACAGUAAAAGGAGGUUUGAAGGGCGGCGAGAUGGGCUUUGGUUGACAAUGUGUUGUGGUGAACACGAGUGAACGGAUUGAGAGCAUCUGCAGCGAGCUUCUGAAUUCUUGUGUUUCCUUUUAAACGCCCAUCUUGUUCUUCGUCUUCGCCUACAUAAAGCUGCAGUGAAAUCCGCAUUGAGUUUUCAAGUAACCACGGCACUCCUUAAACGUCGGUUAGAAGUGGUUCCGAUUCAAGCCAUGUCGAGCCAUGAUUAUCCCUCUGCGACCUCUUGUGGUGGGAGUUUUGCCUGGGCUGUAUAAGACGUUGAACCUCGGUAAUUCCAAGCAUAUCAUUAGCGAGCGAGCGGAGGAGUACGUUCCUCAUCGGAAAAGAAACAACUCUCACGCUUGGUCAAAGCUGCAAUUAUUCAACGCCUCUUCGAAUAAUGU